GCUGUUGCCGCAUUAUUCUUUUCUUUGAAAUUUUCGUUCGACAUUCCACAAAAUAAGGCAGUUCCUCCGAAAGUAAUUUCGGUAAUGAUAAAGUGAAUUCUUGCAUUUGAUAAAAGCAAUCGAAUCCGUCAUUUAGACAGGAUAAAGCUAUCUAGCAACGCCGCGUUUACAAAUUUCGGGUGAUGUGUCUAGCAGUUGCAAACCGGGUUUUCCUUGAUUAGAAUAAACCAUACACUGUAUUAUUCCGAUGAUUCGCUUAUCGCGAGACAUUUGUUCAUCACGAAAUCACUCGAAUUCCAACGAAUCGUGUGAAUGAUUGAGCACGAAACAAAAUAUAUUGAUGGAGCAGGGGUGAGUGAAGGCACUUUUGAGUUGAAGCCUCCGUAUGGUGAAGGAUUCGUAGUUGCUGUCCAAUUCUCUUAGAAACCCUAACAUAAUUUAACAUUCGUGUUGAAUCUAACAAUUUUUAUUUUCUUCCUCUGCUGUUGCCACUUGAAUAUGAUAAUGUGGAAUCCUAAUAGCCAAAUGUGCUUCACAGUUAUUCGAAAACAUCUCUUGAACAAGCAUGAGCCAUGCUGGGAUUGCCACGAUUGACUCACCGGAGAAUCGUGAGGUGCACAAAAGAAAGAAGCCAGGAUCAAAAAGUAUUAGUUCCAUAUCUAAAAUGGUGGGUUUUGGUAGUGGAGAAUCCCUCAGCAAGGCACUUGCUGAUGUAUCCACCGAGCUGACUGUGGACAGUGAUAACGAAGGUGAUGACAGUGACACAAGUAGAUUGCUCUCAUCAAAUGUCCCCAGACACUUCCCCGAGGGGAGCAAAAAGAGUGGGAAGAGUGUCAAACACCCAGAGAUAACAGACGAGGAGAAUGUCUGGACAAUUUCAGUGCAGAUGUUCAUACCUUUUCUCUUGGCGGGAUUUGGAAUGGUCGCUGCCAGCCUCCUACUGGACGUAGUGCAGCACUGGCCAGUCUACCUCAAAAUAAAAGAGGUGUACAUACUGGUGCCUGCACUGUUAGGAUUGAAGGGGAAUUUAGAAAUGACUCUGGCAUCGCGUCUGUCAACCCACGCAAAUUUAGGUCACAUGGACACGAGCAGUGAACAGUGGACGUUAAUAAUUGGUAAUCUAGCCCUGAUACAGUGUCAAGCCAUGGUGGUUGGACUGUUGGCGUCCUUGGCAGCAGUCACACUCGGUUGGAUACCAGAGGCACAAUUUGAUAUUCAUCAUGGUUUGUUACUUUGUGCAAGUGCACUUGUCACAGCCUCAGUUGCUAGUUUCCUGCUUGGUCUUGUUAUGGUUGCUGUUAUACUUCUCUCCAGGAGUAUGAACAUCAAUCCUGACAAUGUUGCAACACCAAUUGCCGCCUCACUGGGGGAUUUAACGACAUUGGCAUUACUUUCUUGGAUUGCAUCGCUUCUGUUCAAGGCUAUUGGUCAACAGUCGUGGAUAGCACCCACAUUAAUUGCUUUUUGUCUACUGGCAACUCCAGUCUGGGGGUACAUCGCAGCAAGAAAUCCUUUCACGAGAGAAGUACUUGAUUAUGGCUGGACUCCAGUCAUCUCUGCCAUGCUGAUAAGCAGUAUUGGUGGACUGAUCCUCGAUUACACAAUUUCGAGUUACAAGGGCAUUGCAGUUUUCCAACUCGUGAUUAAUGGAGUCGGUGGGAAUUUGGUUGCUGUGCAAGCCAGUAGGAUAUCUACUGCCCUUCAUAAGGAGCAGAGUAGUGGGACUCAUAAAUUACCCAGGGUCUGUGUCAGCCCGGUUUCUGUUUUUCUUGCUCCAGGUGGUCACGCCAGAACUGCCAGAGUGCUCUUAAUGAUGGUCAUUCCAGGGCACUUGAUAUUUAGUUAUACCAUUAGUUAUCUUCAGGCUGGCCACACCUCCUUCACUGCAAUUUUCAUCAUCGUUUAUCUUUUUGCUGCUAUGCUACAGGUUGUUCUCCUCCUGUACAUAGGCCAAUUGAUGGUUGUUUGGAUGUGGAGACGAGGAAUGGAUCCUGACAGUUUAGCAAUUCCGUACCUGACUGCUGCUGGUGAUCUCCUCGGCACUGCUCUCCUCGGAAUAGCCUUCCACAUUCUCGAUGCCAUCGGCGAUGGUGAUUCAGACGUUGGUGACUAAAGUAUCAUCAAUUUGAUUAUCAAGGGUGCCAGUUACUUCUCCUGCUCCUUCUUUUUGGGAAGGGUUUCCAUUUACUUCGGUAAUCGAUAUAAACUCUAAAGUAAUUCAGGGUCAAAUAUCACUUUGUACCUGAUACUUAUGUAUAGAUUUUACAAAGAACCUCGAAAGUUCACAAUUUGCGUGGAAAAACUCUGUUAUCUUUCGUUGUUUUUUACAUCAGUUAUUUCGUAUUGAAAACUUGUAAUUAACAUGUAAAAUAAGAUUUUUCUAUGCCGUUUUGGCAUGAGGCGUUCAUGUACUUAGAAUGAUGUUGGCAGUAUUUGAAUACGUGAAGUGUUCAUAAUUAUUGAUUCAAUGAGUUAUGAGUUAUAGAGACGUUACACUGAGGAAAAAAUUGUUUUUGCCAAAAAAAUUUCUUGAGAGAAGAAAUUACUUCUGCAGAAAAUUAGGCUGCAAGUACUACAAUUAAUGAACACUGAAUUAUUUUCCCCUUUUUCGAAAUUUAAAUUUUCUCAAGUAAAAUAAUUUGAAAUAAGUGUAAAUGAUAAUAAUAUAACCAUAAUCAUCUAAUAGUUUAAUAUAAUUGUAAUACUUGAAGCUAAACAUGGAUCACCCAGAAAUGAUUGGCCUGUGAAAACACGCUUCUGAUAAUAAAUAAUUUGUUCUCUACAAAAAAAAUUAUUUGUCAAAAAAAGUUUUUUUCUCAGUGCAUUGGAGAGUGGGGAAAAAUGGGUACAUUCGACGUUUUAUUCAUAGUUUAUGUUCAUAACUCAUGAAGAACUUUACCAAUGACAUUCGAAAAAAGUGACAAGUGUCCAUUGUGCUCCACCCACUCCAUAUAUAUCAAUACGGUGCUAGACGAAAUUGUUGAAAGACGAAAUUGAUUUCGUUUUAUAAUCAAUGACUACACGAUUUAGUAGAUGAUUUUAUUGCAGGAUUAGUACUAUUGCUCUAAUGUAACAAAUUGCUGUGAUUUCUAGAUUUAUUAUUGGACUUUAUAAUACAUGAAAAUUAUUGUUACUCGAGAUAAGAAUCGGUGACUCACAUCAAUGAAAAUUUUUGAAUGCAUCAACCUUAUCCACACUAGGCCAGUACUCGAUGGUUUGUAAUGAUAAAAAUUGCAUUGCCAACGGAAUCGGCGAAGCAGAGAUAUUUUCGAUAAAUAUGUGCAAUCUUUUGUAUGUAAAUAAUUAUUCAAUUGAAUAAAUUCCCAAUUACAAUUGGAUGCAAAA